CACAGCUCUAUCCUUGAUCCUGGUGAAAACGUCUUUUGACGCUGGUUUUCCUCCAGAUUGGGUGGGGUGUGAAACCCGGGGUCAGCUGCAGGUCAUUCCAGCAGGUGGCUGUAUUACCUUGCAUACCUGUUAGGUAGAUUGCUCAGGAUAGACCCCUUCAUUGCAGUCACUGUGGGUGAGUCAUCGUCUUUACGUUGCAUGCUUUGCUCAAUCGUGUAUUUUAGGGGAACGAUGAGGGAUACUGUAGGAUUGUGUCACUGAGCACAGUGGUGGCAGUUUUUAAAGGUUUCAGAAGUUUCACAACGUCCUCGGCAUCAUGAAUGUCAGAAUUAUCUAGAGUGCAUUUCGUCUUAUGUCCGUGGUAAGAAGAGCUGCUGCAACCGCUGCCUGUCGCUCCAGAUAGCGUUCAACCAUGUCCGACCGCUGUUUCAGCGCGUCGUAACAUCCAUAACAAGCUUGUGCUGCUUGUCCUGGUCAAGUGUCUUCUGUUUGGUAGCUAACACGGCGGUUGCAGUAGGGCUGCGGUGAAAGAAGGCGGCAGUGCACCUAAUAAGACCUAACAGAUGAGAUACACGGGGCACAGCCAAACCUGCCUGAGUUGCCAAGUUCAGUGUAUGAGCAAAACACUUAAUAUGAGGCCCGAGUCCAGCUUCUCGUAUGGCAACGUCCAUAUUUCUUGUGUUAUCGGUGACAACAGCGAAGCCAUGUUUUAGUCGUUCCAGCUUCCAUUCUACUACAGCAUCUCCCAGUUCUUGUGCAAUGGUUGUCCUGCUGUGAGUUUCAAAAAGAGGAUGCGUUUGAUGCACAAAGCUAACCAUUUUCCACCCGGCGGCGAUCACGUGAGCCGUCAUUGUAAGGUAACUUUGCGUUGCCCUAGAUGUCCAUCUGUCGGUGGUAAUAGCUACACUAUCAGCCGUUUCAAGCACCUCAACAACGAUAGCUUUGACUUGCACCGUCUGGCUGACGUGUGGACGUGAAGGGAGGGUGUAUUUCGGCUCUAAUGUGUUUAUCAUCUCCUGAACGCCGUCGUUUUCUACAGUUGAAAGUGUUCUCAUGAUUUUAGCCAAAUAAACAUCGACAGACUGUAAUUGCUUUGGCCCUUGCACUGGAGUGAGUUAAAGGACGUGUAAAUGUGUUCGUCAGCGUAGUCUUGCGAAUCUUCCCUCCUGUGGCGCCGAAUAUGGCGAUCAUAGCUCGCUGUGGUGCCGGCUAAUAUAUUGUAACAUGUUGGUCGUACUAUCUGAGUCCGUUAUCAGUGUCCUGCAGUCUUUGUCCUGUCAGUAGUUUUCUCACCGGUUUCUCUUGUAAACACAAGGAAGCCAAAUUGCUGCCACACUGUUGACUUUACAUUGGCUUUGGAGUCUUUAAUUUCGAAGUCGCUUGCUGCUGCUGCCAUGCUUGUUUCGAGUUCAAGGCGCUGCCGCCAUCCACAAACACAACAAUCAAUGACGUCUGGCGCAAGCGUAUCAACUCAUUUAAGAAAGGAGUUUUGUUUACAGCAGAGCCAUGAGAGAACGUUUACGGCUGUUUACAAGCUGUUGCUAAUCAAAUCUUUUUACAUCGAUUCACAUUUUAAGCCGUUUAAAUUGGAUUUUAAUCGAUUUUCGAAGAAUCGUUACAUCCCUAGCAAUGGGUUAUGGGCAAAACAUAGUCUGUGUGGUCUACUUCACCCCGUGGACUCAAAGCGGACGUCUAAACACUACAAACUACUCUUAGAUGAACCGUGUGACGCCUACAGUACAAGAUCUCCAGGAACAACCAGGCUGAUGCAUGAGACAGUCAUGAAUUAUUUUAAUGAUCUCCUUCUUUGUCCUCACAGACCUCCAAAAGCCACAUGUCUCCGAUGAGGAGGAAGCUUCUGCCAUCCAACAGCUCUGUAACCAGGAGAAGAAGUCCAGUCAUGACCAGGAGGAAGCAGAACCUCAGUGGACUGAAGAGGAACAGAUGGAACCAGAUCCUCCUCUGAUUGAAGAACAUUGGGAACCAGGACCUCCAUGGAUAAAAGAGGAAGAGGAGGACCCAGUACAUCCACUGAUUGAAGUAGAAGAUAUGGAACCCCUGUCUUCAUGGACUAAAGAGGAACAGAAGGAACCAGAAUGUCCACUGAUAUUAGAAAAGAAGGAGGAACCACAUUCAUCAUGGCUUAAACAUGAAAAGCGGGCACCAGAACAUUUACCAACUAGACUCCACCGCAGUCAGGAGGGAGAGCAUCUUGUCCAGAAGCAGUUUAUUGCGUUGAUGGAGACUUCUACUCUUCAGGAAGGUGAUUUGGGUGAAGAGGAACCAAGACCUGAGCAGCUUUCCUUUCAUGUUUCUCCUGUAGAUGAAACCAGAGAUCAGAAAGGAAGCAGCUCUAUUAUAUCAGAGAGUCAAGCUCACAGCGACACAAAGAAAGGGUCGUUUAGGUGUGACCUUUGUGGGAGAUGUUGUAAGAAUAAGUAUAUAUUGAAACAACAUUACAAAACCCACACUGGAGAAAGACCUUUUACUUGUGAAACAUGUCGGAAAAGUUUUGCUCGACGUCAUCACUUAGAAAUACACCAGAGAACCCACACUGGUGAGAGACCUUUUUUUUGUCAAAUAUGCCGAAAAAGCUUCUCUCAGAUUGGUACUUUAAAUGUUCACAAGAAAAUUCAUACAGGUGAGAGACCUUUCUCAUGUGAAAUAUGUGGCAAAAGUUUUACUAGACGCUAUCAAUUAACUACACACCGGACAACACACACAGGUAUGCGGAAGAAGUUUCUUUUUAAUUGGUGAUUUAAAUAUUCACAAGAAAAUUCAUACUGAUAAAAGUCCUUUCUCAGAUGAGACCUUUGGAAAAAAGCUUCUCAGAUAAAAUAUGUUUGGAUCAUGAUAGAACAAGUCACGCAGGGUUUAUCUGUGUUUAUUAUGUUGUAAGAGUUGUAGUACUCUCACUAUACUAGCUACAGAAGCCCAUCUCCACUUGGGGUGAUGACCCCUCGACUGGCUGAUGACUUCAACAGCUUCUUUUAUAGGUUUGAAAGCCAGCCAUUCACAUCUCACUUCCACAGAAAAUGGCUACCUUCACCUCCCCACAUAAAACUCUACGACUACCUCUCCUGUCCCCUCCGGCCCACCGCCUGCACUAAAAGUCACAGAGGAGGAUGCAAAUAGGGUCUUUCAGCGUCAGAAGACCAGGGAAGCUCUAGGACCUGAGGGUGUUUCCCUCUUCUACCUGAAAGCCUGUGCUGAUCUACUGGCCCCAAUCUGACUCACCUGCAAAAUAUUGCAGAAUAAUCAUCUAAGUCUUUCCUCAACACUUCAUGUUCUCCCAUCUGCUCCAAGUCUUCUGUUUAUUUCUUUCCAUGAUAAUUCCUUCAUUUCCAGAAAUUUUUCAUACCCUCUGAUUAUUUAAAUAGUUUUGUGUUUAACUUCCCCUCUGUCGCUGCCCCCUGGUCGCAGUCUUUGAUUUAAUUUAUCCGUUUCUACCCUUGUCUAUUUUUACUCUCUUGUCACUGCCUCAGUAUAAUUUAUUGUCUUUACCGUGUGAGUUUCCACAGCUCUCUUCCUGACUUCACAGCCCCAUAUAUCACAGUGUGCUUGUUGCAUUUAACCGGUUCAUUCUUUCCACAUUCUUCAAACACCUUUGUUUCCCUUUGCAGGCCACGGUUAUAAGUUCAUACCUCUGACAUUUAUAGCAACGAAGAGGUGGAGGAAUGUAUGGUCAGACAGUAAAACUCAUACAACCUAUUUUUACUUGUUCAGGCAGCACUAAGUCCUGAAAGUCCAGGUGCACAUACUUUUAACUCUCACCAUUUACUUUUCUUUAUAAUCUUCUGAUCUUUCUCACCUCGCCUUGAAUGAUUCAUUUAGUUUUUCCAGAUCUACUGCGAUAGGAAGGUCAAACAUCACUCCACAAGACAUUGUCACCCAGAACUCCUCUCUGAGACCCGUUUCUUGCAAAUGUUUUCAAUAUGUAGAGAUUUAUUUAGCUGUUUUUCAUCUUUUCAUUUUAUCAACAAAUUCCCAUCUCUAAGAUCUUUUGCCAGUUCUACAUCCCCCAGCUUUUUUUCAGUUCCCUUGACAACAUGAUUGGACCAAAAUUAAUUUCUUCUCCCUACUAAAUUUAAGGAACAUUUUGAACUUCUCCCCUUUCAUCUAGACUGACUUCAACUAAACACCUUUUAUUAGAAGUUCUAACAUCCUCAUUAUGCAUCGUUGUCUGUCUUGCCUUUCUACCUAUUCCAAACACUGGAGUCCAGUCAGGAAA